CUCUUCGAAGGGAGGGCAUAGGGAUGAUCACUUCCGAAUGGAACGCAUGGAUUAUAUAUUAUUUUAAGCGAGUGAUUUUGAGAUUUUUUGCUUGGCAAAUGACAAGACCAACUAAAAUUAGUAUUUAUUUCGGGACUGUAAUGUCAGAGAUUAUAAGAACCAACAACGUGGUAACAUCAACUAAAACACUGUAGCAACUGUACAAGAGUUAAUUUCGCAUUACAAAGCACCACUCACAUUUUAUUAGGAAAAUGUAAACACGUUUUAAAAUCCCCGUCAAAUCUUGGCUUUCUCAAGUAAUCUUAAUCCCCAAAGAAUUAUUUUGUCCAUAGUUUCUCCCGCUUUUGGUAUUCAAUUCACUAGGCCAAGACUGGCUUCUCCAAAGCGGGAUGCAGACUCCUAUGUUUGGACUGUAUGAUGAGAGGAAUGCGCGCUCCCGUUUGCCGUGGAUGAACCCUCUCUCAUGCCCGAGCCCCUGAGGUUCUGCACCGGGAAACCCCGCGGAAUGUAGAGGCGGAGCGCGCAGUGACAGAGACCCGGGCGGGGGUGAGUGGGGGGAGGCGGAGUCACGGCACUUCUGCCAGGGCCGCCAUUUUUGCACAGGGAAAAGAGACAGGAUUGAAGGGAUCUAGUUUCCAACUGUCGGCAAAGAUAGGAACACAUUUAUCGCCUUUAAACACAUUAAAACUAUGUGUUUGGAUUAAAAGACAACAGGGCGAGCGAGGCUAAAUAAAAGCACCCCGUAGUGCAGCUCGUAGCGAUUUGAAAAGCUUUGUUACACAUCCGCAGUGGAGAGCGAAGUAUUGUUUUGGUUGUGUGGUAGAUCAGGUGGCGGGGUCUCACCCGAGUCCCCCGUGUUUUUAUUCACCGUUAUUACAGUGGACAUCAGCGGCCUCGUGGAUGCACUUAGAUGUGUGCAAUGAGUGCUGUGGCUGACAUGCCUCAGUGUUUUGGAUUGCUGUGCUCUGGACUCAGUAGGACAAGAGACUCUCAGCACAGAACGUCAUGAGCAUAGUCAUCCCAGUAGGGGUGGACACGGCCAACACCUCGUACCUGGACAUGGCUGCAGGCUCAGAACCAGAAUCUGUGGAGGCAAGCUCCGUGGUAGUGGAGAAGUCCAGCUACCCUCACCAGAUUUACAGCAGUGGGUCCCACCACUCCCACGGCUACAUCGGUCUGCCUUACGCCGACCAUAACUAUGGGGCGCGACCCCCACCCACCCCGCCAGCUUCCCCUCCUCCCUCGGUGCUGAUACGGCCGGGAGAGGGUUUGUUCGUGUCUGGGGGCCGGGCGAGCGAGGGCCUGUUUGUGCCGGGCGGACAGGACGAGGCGUCGCGUGGCACCACGCUCAGCACCUCGGAAGACAGCAGCUACGGUGCUGACAUCACACGCUGCAUCUGCGGCUUCACUCACGACGAUGGCUACAUGAUCUGCUGCGAUAAGUGCAGUGUUUGGCAGCAUAUUGACUGCAUGGGGAUCGACCGGCAACACAUUCCCGAGACGUACCUGUGUGAACGCUGUCAGCCCCGCACGCUGAAUAGAGAGCACGCCAUCCUUCUGCAAACCAGGAAGCGAGAAAACAUGUCUGAUGGCGACACCAGUGCUACAGAAAGUGGCGAUGAGGUUCCACUAGAGCUGUACACGGCUUUUCAGCACACCCCGACCAGCAUCACGCUCACCACAGCGCGUCUCGGCCACAAACAGGCCGAGAAAAAACGAAAGAAGAGCGGAGAAAAGGAGUCGCCGGCUCCAACCAGAGCAAAGAAGUCAUUCCGUGAAGGCUCUAGAAAAUCGUCUAGAGUGAAAGGCUCAGCUCCCGAGUGCGAGCCGUCAGAUCCUCCCUCUCUUUGGGAGAAUAAGAUGAAGUCAUGGAUGGAGCGCUAUGAGGAGGCCAGCAGUAACCAGUACAGUGAAGAAGUGCGGAUACUGCUUAGAGUCAAAGAGGCCCGAGACGGCAAGACGCUGGCCUAUAACACACACACCGCAGCCUUCAAACCACCUGUAGAGAGUCACAUACAGAAAAACAAAUGCAUUCUGAAGGCCGUGCGGGACUUGGCUGCUGACUCGCUCAUAAUCGAGUACAGAGGGAAGGUCAUGCUGCGACAGCAGUUUGAGGCCAAUGGUUACUUCUUUAAAAGGCCGUACCCGUUCGUAUUGUUCUACUCAAAGUUUGACGGUUUGGAAAUGUGCGUGGAUGCUCGGAGCUUUGGCAACGAGGCCCGAUUCAUCCGACGUUCUUGUACCCCUAACGCUGAGGUGCGGCACGUGAUCGAGGACGGCAUGCUGCAUUUAUACAUUUAUUCUCUGAGGUCCAUCUCCAAGGGCAGCGAGAUCACCAUCGGCUUUGACUAUGACUAUGGCAGCUGUAAAUACAAGGUGGACUGUGCUUGUAUGAAAGGCAAUCUGGAAUGUCCCGUGCUCAAGCAAAACCUUGAGCCUACGGAAAACCUGGGCUCUAGCAUGCGACGCCGCGGCCGCAAUGACAAAGAACCGGUUCGGGACGAGAGCGGACAGAACCAGAACCUCACGAUGGACUGUGACGACUCCAAAGGAAAAAUGCUAAAUGACGGCAAACAGAGAAAACUCUCUCCUCUGCGCCUCUCCAUCUCGAACAAUCAGGAUCCUGAGUUAUUAGAGGAUCUAGAAGAGAAAACCUCCGUUAGCAAUGAAGUAGAGAUGGAGUCAGAGGAGCAGAUUGCAGAGAGGAGGAGGAAGAUGGGCAGCCCGGCAGAGGAGUCCCAGUGUCACGUCGCAGGGGCUUCCUGCUGCAGAGCUCUGAGAAACAAACACAAGGAGACACGUGAAGAGAGGAAAAUGGAGGCGAUUCUUCAGGCCUUUGCUCGGAUGGAGAAGAGAGAGAAGCGGAGAGAGCAGGCGUUGGAGAGAAUCGGCACUAAGGGGGAGAUCUGCGGACGCAGCGAUAUAAAGGAAGAGCCGCCCCCCACACCAGAGGCCGAGACUCCUGUUAUAAUACAUCCCAUGCUCGAGGAUGUGAAGGAGGAGCCCUGUCACAAACCAGCAAAAGUGCAUCGUAACAAGCAGAGGAAAAGCUUCUCACGGAAUCGCACUCACAUCGGACAGCAGAGACGGCGUGCGCGCACCGUCAGCGCCUGCUCCGACUUGCCGCCUAGUCCCCCCGGCGACGGUUUGGAGCCGUUAUUGGCAGAGACUCAUGACGGAGAGAUGCCCUUGGCGCCCGAGUCUGACGUGCCACCGUCGCAUGCUCCUGACACCAGCCCGCCCCACAGCAGCUCGCCCGCCCCAGUAUGCCGUGGUGGACAGAAGUACCCCAAAACUAAAAAGCACUUAGUGAGUGAGUGGAUGGGUGUCGACAAACCGGAGCGUGGAGCUUCGCGGACACCGGAGCGGGGACCUUCGCGGACACCGGAGCUGCCGCCUGAGAGGCCUCUGAGGAUCAGCAGUGACCCAGAGGUCUUGGCUACGCAGUUAAACUCUCUACCAGGCAUGGCCUGCAGCUCGCAUGUCUACAGCACGCCCAAACACUAUGUCCGCUUCUCGUCUCCGUUUUUGGCCAGUCGUAGCCCUAGCACCCCCGGAGUGCCCACCAGCAGGAGGCGCUCGCGAGAAAUGCCCGAAACGCCGACCACCACCGGCUCCUGCAAGAAGCGCUGGCUGAAGCAAGCUUUAGAAGAGGAGGGCUCUACCAGCCCAGGAGGAGGAUGCCCGUCUCUACUGAUUCCCACUGAGAGCCCUCUCAGUCCUUCCAUCAAUGGAGAGUCCUACAGCCCUCUACCCCUCAACGGAAGUUGCUCACUACCAGAGUUGCCUACCCCGUUGAAGAAACGGCGCUUAUGUUCGCUCGAUCCGUGUAUGUCGGAGACCUCCACUCCAUACGGAUCUCCAUGCGCCACCCCGACGCGAACAGAGUCGACAGAUGCACCGGGCACACCCCUGCUGCUAGCCACGCCUCCUCGGCCACGCCCCGAGGAACCAAGUUCUGAACCAUUGACACCCUUGCAGAUUCCUAGCCACCCUCCACAACAGGAGAGCGAGUCAUCUAUGGACAGUUCUCCAGAUGGUAGCCGGAGGCCCAGCACACAAGAUAUGGAGCGGCCACCGUCGCUGUUGUCAUCUCCCAGCAUGAGGACGUCGGUCCCUGAUACAGCACCGCAGGAGCCUAUAAAACCCGCCGGGUCCCAGAGUCCUCAGCCCUCGCCCCUUGAGCCCCAGGAUGCUACCGUGGAUGACAGUAUGGAGGUCGAGGGGGGAGUCUCAGAAGCUGCUUUGACAUCUGAGACAACUGUGUCUUCUUACCCCCCCUGGAUGAAGAGUCCAGACCGAGGUGGCCUGUCUUUUUCCUCAAUGAACUCUAAUUUGAGAGACCUCACACCCUCUCACACCUUGGAGUUGGGGGCGUACAGGCCAGAUUCGACCUCCGCCAGCCCCUUCAGCGAGACGGCGCCCUUCUUCUCCUGCAGCGAGGAGAGCAGCGGCGUAACCUUCGCCCUCUCGUUGAGCGGAGACGGCGGUGGGGAUGGAGGAGCAGCAAAAAACCCGUCACAGAAGAAAAAGGUCUCUCUCCUGGAGUAUAGGAAGCGUCAGCGUGAUGCACGGCGAAGCGGCUCAAAGGGAGAGUGCAGCUCUCCUGUUUCCACAGCGCCUCCAGUGGAUGUAUUUCCUGUUGCCGUGGAAAUAGCCCUUGAGCCACCUGCUUUUGCAGCAACUCUGACCCCGAAGACCCCUCAGCCGAGUGAAGAGCCAGACGCCCCAACUCAGGAGAGAGAUGGAGAGGGCCAGUGGACAUCAUCCACAUCCGUAGAGCAGGCGAGGGAGCGAAGCUACCAUAGGGCACUGUUGUUGAGCGACCACCGCAAGGAAACAGACAGUGGAGAGGCAGAAGGGGAUGCUCAGAUGAAGGAAUCUCUUUCACCCAAGAGUUGCAAAAGCCCCUCAACACAUGCACCCGGUUCUCCAGCACCCCAGACUGUGUCUCGCCCAUCUAAGGAUGAGGACAGUGAAACCCAACCUCGCGGUCCUUCUCAACCCCACGCGCUGUCCGUCCAGCAGUCCAGCACCAAGACUUCGAGCUCCAAACCGGCCACUCUGACGCCCAACAAGCUUCACUGCGGGCCCUCCGGUGCCUCCCAGAGUCACUACGCUGGACCUUCGCUCAUGCACUCUCCCAAAGCUCAACCCCAAGGUUCACCUUACCGCAGCCAGCGAGCCUUCCAGAACCAGCCUCAGCCCCAGGCCACGUCUGGCCCGGCCCCUUUCCCUCAGUAUAACCCUCAAAAUGCCCCACCUCCACCGCCCCCUCCUCCCCCGGCACCUCCUACCUCUACGCCCUACUUCCCUAGUCAGGUGACCGCAGCCGCUGCGCCUUUCCCUGCGUUCAAGCCCACCGUGGUCUCGCCCUUUCCUCCCGGCUCUCAGUCUCUACUGCAGACCCAUCAUGCGUUGCAUUUCCAGAGCAAUGCCGUGCCUCCCCCGCCACCACCUCCUCCCCCUCCCCACCCGCAGCCCGGCCCCACCUUGCUGCAUGUCAAUCUGCAACCUCCACCAAUGCAGCAGCAUCAACUGCUGCUGAGCUCUGCGCCGCCGCCACCACCUCCUCCUCCACCACCUCAGGCACAGAGUUCUCAGCAACCCCAGCCUACUAGUGGCACACUGCUGACACUCAAACAAGGACCACACCCAGCGACCCUCCCGCCUCCUCCUCUGGCGCCCUCCAGCAACGCGCCGCACCCGUUCCAGAGCAUCGGUGGCUAUCAAACCACUCUGCUUCACCAAUCAGCACCAACCAACCCCUCGUUAACCCCUUCGACUUAUCAGCAAACUGUAUUGCCCCCUCCCCCUCCUCCGCCGCAAACCCCACCCACACAGACCGCAGCCAAUCCGAAUGUCUCGCAGAUCGCUGGAGGCAAUCGAGGACCUGCCCCUUCAUCCGCCCCAUUUCACAGUACUGGCUACUUGGGCACAGGAUGGCACUGACCACACCUUCUUAGACCCCGCCUCCAGACGAACUCAUCCAGAGAUGGGGCGGAGCCGCACUGUGUAACAUAGGCAACACGGCACCACUGUAAAUAUUUUCUAUGUACCUUUUCACAAAGGCUAACGGAAAACGGUGGGGAAAGGGGGACAUUUUAAAAGAAAUAAAUAAGAAACUGUUCAACUAGACUGUGUAAAAGAUGAUGGUUAAUGAACCCUGGUGCUCAUCACUUACCCACAAUGCCCUCGUUCCGAUAUCUUCGUACUGCCUUCCUGUCUUUUCCAGAUGUCUCGAUUUAUUUUUAAUGUUUUUAUUCAUUUUAAUCUGCUUUCCUAUCUCUUCCUGUCGGUUCCCUGUCUAUCCUCCCAGUGCAGUGCAGUGCAAUGGGACAUUCCAAUCUUAUCCUCACGUUUCCCUUCUUUUCCUGUCACUGUUUAUUCACUCAUCAGUUAUUUGUUUUAUCUAGUGGCUCAUUAUAUAGCAAAAAGGUUUUGUAUAGAGAAAAAAUACAGAAUUAUUAUUUUUUUUAUUCCUCCAUGUAACGAAAAUACCUGUGCACCGCUGCAGAAAUUCAGAGAAGACCUUUCCGAUAGGCCGCUUCACUGCCCCAGGAGACUGCACUUGCGCGAGUGAGCAAGUCUGUGUGCAUGAAUGUCUGUCUUUGAGCGGAGAGUGUGUGCUUGUGCAGUCUGCGUCUGCGCAUGUGUAGUCGAGCCACGCCAGAGGCGGAAGGUAAAUACGACGCAGACAGAUGCGUGCUGUUCUCUGAGGCAGCUUUAAAGAAAGAGAGAAAGGUCCUUCCUGUAGGGGGUAAGCGGUUUAUUUUUGAAUAUCAAUGGUUAUUUGUAGAAAGUGUAAUUUAAUGUAUAGGUGGUUACUCCAGCUUUCUCCAGAAACAGUUGUACAUAUUGGCUUCUUUUCUUUUCUAUGCUUGUAUAAUCGCUCCCAUCCCCAUUUUGGAAUAUGGUUGUAAAUACAAGCGCUAUUGGCAAAAAAGCUGAAUGUUUCUGUGACUGUAGCACUAUUUUUAUUUCUUCCUCUCUGGUUUGUUUAUUUUUUUUACUGUUUGUGUGUGAGUGUAUGUGUGUGUGAAGGACAGAGGUUCACAGACACAGCACUGGUUGGCUAUUUUCAUGGUUCAUUAUAAUAAAUCACUGUAAUGACAGUUUUAUACCAAU